AGGCGCCAUUUUAGAGGCCUGUGGCCGAUUUUCGCCGCCGCCGCUUCGCUUCGCUUCUCCGCCGCCAUGAGCGUCGUGGAUCAUGUGCGGGAGAUGGCGGCCGCCGGGCUCCACUCCAACGUGCGGCUGCUCAGCGGCCUCCUGCUCACCAUGAGCGGCAACAACCCGGAGCUCUUCUCCCCCUCGCAGAAGUACCAGCUGCUGGUCCACCACGCCGACUCCCUCUUCCACGACAAAGAAUACCGCAACGCCGUCAGCAAGUACACCAUGGCUCUCCAGCAGAAGAAGGCCCUGAGCAAGACCUCCAAAGUCCGGCCUUCCACUGGCAGCGCGGCUUCCACUCCCCAGAGCCAGUGCCUGCCUUCUGAAAUCGAAGUGAAAUACAAAAUGGCCGAAUGCUACACCAUGUUAAAGCAAGACAAAGAUGCCAUCGCCGUCCUUGAUGGCAUUCCUUCCAGACAGAGGACCCCAAAGAUUAACAUGAUGCUGGCCAGCUUGUACAAGAAGACGGGCCAAGAACGUUCUUCGGUGACCAGUUACAAGGAGGUUUUGAGGCAGUGCCCACUGGCUCUCGAUGCCAUUCUAGGCUUGUUGUCGCUCUCGGUGAAGGGCGCAGAAGUGGCUUCCUUGACCAUGAAUGUGAUUCAGAGCAUCCAGAAUCUGGAUUGGCUUUCGGUGUGGAUCAAAGCGUACGCCUUUGUGCACACGGGCGAUAACACCAGAGCCAUCAACACAAUCUGCUCGCUAGAGAAGAAGUCCCUCCUGAGAGAUAAUGUGGACAUAUUGGGCAGUUUAGCAGAUCUGUAUUUCAGAGCCGGGGAUAACAAGAACGCCAUCCUAAAAUUUGAACAGGCCCAAAUGUUGGAUCCAUAUUUAAUCAAAGGAAUGGACGUCUAUGGUUAUUUACUGGCUCGGGAGGGUCGCCUUGAAGAUGUGGAGAACCUUGGAUGCCGGCUGUUCAACAUUUCCGAUCAGCAUGCCGAGCCUUGGGUUGUCUCAGGCUGCCACAGCUUCUACAGCAAGCGCUACUCGCGGGCCCUGUACCUGGGGGCCAAAGCCAUCCAGCUGAACAGUAACAGCGUCCAGGCCCUGCUGUUGAAAGGGGCCGCUCUACGGAACAUGGGCAGAGUGCAGGAGGCCAUCAUCCAUUUCCGCGAAGCAAUCCGGCUCGCCCCGUGCAGGCUGGACUGCUACGAAGGUCUCAUCGAGUGCUAUCUGGCCUCCAACGGCCUCCGUGAGGCCACCGUGAUGGCCAACAACGUCUACAAGACCCUGGGAGCCAACGCUCAGACGCUGACCCUCCUGGCCACCGUCUGCCUGGAGGAUCCCGUGGCCCAAGAGAAGGCCAAGACCUUGCUGGACAAGGCCCUGAUGCAACGCCCCGAUUACAUCAAAGCCGUGGUCAAGAAGGCCGAGCUGCUUAGCCGAGAACAGAAGUACGAUGACGGGAUCGCUCUGCUCCGCAACGCCUUGGCCAACCAGAGCGACUGCAUCCUGCAUCGGAUGUUGGGUGACUUCCUGGUGGCCGUCAACGAAUACCAGGAAGCCAUGGACCAGUACAGCAUCGCUUUGAGUUUGGAUCCCAACGACCAGAAGUCGCUGGAAGGCAUGCAGAAAAUGGAGAAAGAAGAGAGCCCCACCGACGCCACCCAAGAAGAGGACGUGGACGACAUGGAGGGCAGCGGAGAGGAAGGGGACCUUGAAGGCAGCGACAGCGAGGCGGCCCUGUGGGUCGAUCAGGAGCAGUGGUUCCGUGGGCAGUGAGGGAGCCGCGGACGCACGGCGCAGCACUUAAACACGCCGGGGGGGCGUCUGGUGUCCUUGCCUUCCUUGGCAAGGACAGGAAUGUGGAUUGAGAGACAGGCCGAGGCCCGGACCCGUGAAAACAGAAGAAUAUUCUGCUUCUCCGUCAUGCGUGUCAUGCUAUUUAUGGACCGCGAAGGCUGAGCAGCUCGUGUUUUAGGGGUGGGGAGCAAAGAGGCUCCGGCCUCCCAAGUGUAAUUUCGAGUCCUUUCUAAAAUUAGACCCCCUUCAAAGAAAUUCUUAAAAGCCUUUUUCCGAACAUGCCUUUGGAAAUCAUCGCAAAAGUAAUUUACGCUUUAUCCCCAGCGGCGUUAAGGGCGGGAAGCUAUUCUUUGGUGGAAGAGAGGCUUUUCUUUGGAGCCUUUAGAGGCCCAAACGCCUCCAGGAACUGGCAGUGGGGGGUUCGAGGGGGGUUGGAGAAGCAUCUUUUUCCAGCUUUUCUCCCCAAACUCCUGAGUUUUGAGUGGCAGGUUGAGCGUGCAUGUUUUUUGAAAACGGAAGCGUGCUGCUUCAGGAUACCGAUUGAAAAACGACUGUCGAACGUAGAAUUCAAGGUGGUUUUUUUUUGCUGUUUUUUUUUUUUACAAAGCUUAAUGCGUGAGUGACUUUCCUUUUGGAUAUUUGUGGAUAUUAGAUAUAGCGGGCUGGACCAGCGCCAAGCAAAGAACAGGCGUGCCAAGGCGUAAUCCCAAUUAGUCCAAAUUAAGCUUCAUCCCUUCCCUAGAAAAAGGAGUAUUAAAAAUUCGAUUUUCUGUUUCAAAUUCCGAUUUGGCUCCCAUUAAAUGACUCCGUUUGGCCACAGGUUACGCCGGGCUAAUCCCGGGUGUUCAGCGUUUUCUCAAAGGAAUGAGUAGUCCCCGGGAUUCUCUUUUUUGCACUCCCCCUCGGAACUUUUUAUUUCUUGGUUAUGUUCGGGGGGGUGCUUCUCACAUGUACCCUUGUAAGUAAUAUUUCACCAUUUCUUGAGAAUAAAUGUGUACUGUUCUGUUGAAAUAAACUGCCUUCAUCCGUUUUGGUAACUCGA